ACGAUCAUUCAUUGCCUACGACGUCAUUAGUUCGUACCAUUUUGUAUGGGGCGUUUUUCAGGGAUCCGACCCUUUAAAUCUCUGUAGCUCCGAAAGUAAUGAUCGCAGAUACCCUGUUCCUUUUACAAAAUUGCUUUACUAUUAGCAUUAAUUUAUAUACAAUUUAAAAAACUGUCAUCAUCCCUAUUCCCGUAUAUUCAUAGGUUCAAACAUCUUUUUUAGGAAAUAUUUACAUUUCAUAUUGGGCCCCCUAACUAAUUUUGAUACAGGGCCCAUCCAAGGCACGCUACGCCACUGCUAUUUAUAUAUUGUUUAUCUAUAUUUUAUUUUAUAUUUAAGUGAAUCAAAUGCUAAGUAUGAUGAAGACGUCCGCGCCAGCUAGACUAUUCCACAAUCUCCAUACUUGUAAAACUUCUAUGUAUCGGAGUUAUAACCCGAUUGCAAGCCUUACAAAUAAAGUAAAUUUGAAUAGCAGAAGAACUAAGUCAACAAUCGAACCAAAGGAUUUAUUCCAGGCCAAUCCAACAAUUUUGAAAUCGUUCUGGGACCACGAAGGACCGUUUAAGGCACUCCAUGGUCUUAACUACUUUCGAUUGCCGUAUAUUAGGGACAGGCUUGUAGAUACUCGUAUAGCGCCGGGUGAGAAAUACUCAACUUGUUUAAAAGGGAUGAAAAUCCUCGACGUCGGUUGUGGGGGAGGCUUGCUCUCAGAGGGUCUGGCUAAGUAUGGCGCUGAUGUUACUGGAAUAGACGCAUGCAAAACUUUAUUUGAUAUAGCCCAAGAGCACAGCUCUAAAAACAUACGAUUGGCUGAUAACAAGCCUACUUAUUUUUUGUCCACGAUAGAGGAGCACUGUAAUAAAUACCCAGAAACUUACGAUGCUGUCAUAGCCUCUGAGGUCAUAGAGCACGUCACAGAACAGGAACUGUUCGUAGAGUCGUGCGUACGCGCCACUAAACCGGGGGGAAAACUCAUCUUUACGACGCCUAACAGGACGCGUUUUGUACAGUUCUAUAUGAUAUAUGCAUUUGAAAAUAUUUUACGAUGUUUUCCAAAGGGAGUCCAUCAGAUUGAUAUGUGUUUGAGGCCAAAUGAACUCCAACUUAUGCUAGAAAUGAAUGACUGCCAUGCGGAAUUAACAAAAGGCUACUUCUAUUACCCGUGGAGCGACAGCUGGGCGUGGACUGAUACUAAAAUAUUUAGCUUUAUCAUUGAGGCUACUAAGUCACCUAAAUGAUAAAUAUGAAUUCCUGUCAUUUUAACACCAAGUGUUAUAGUUAGCUAACUAGGAAAUACAUCUCAUAAUAGUGUUUCUAAUUCUAAUCCUUAUUAGUGUUGAGCAUUUUAAAGCUAGCUGCGUACAUUCGUUUUCCGUAUGCGUUUUCCUAAUGCGUAAUCUCGAUUUGGAAUUCUGUGAGACUACCGUUUACCAGUACCGGGUUCGGAAAACUAAUAGAGAAAACGAGUGUAUGCUGCCGGUCUAAAGCAUUUUGAAUGA